UCCUAGCAUAUGAAGUGAUCACCACUCACAAUUUUGCAUCUCCAGUGGUGUUCUUCCUCAAACUUGGAUGCGUCUUCUACUGUUGCUGCCGUAGAAGAUGUUCAGACGGUAACAAUGCAAUUUCGGACUCGCAGUUCAAGCCCGGCAAGAUCGACAAGUUCCUCGGAGACAUGGAGAAGCUCAAGCCGAUAAGAUUCUCCCCCCAACAACUUAGCUCUUGCACUGGAAACUACAGUCACUUGCUCGGAGCAGGCGGUUUCGGCACAGUCUAUAAAGGUACGUUCCCUAAUGGUGUUAAUGUAGCAGUAAAAGUCCUCAGGGGAACAUCGGUCCAAUGCAUCGAGGCCCAAUUCAUGGCAGAAGUGAGCACCAUAGGAAGAACCCACCAUGUCAACUUGGUCCGGCUCAUCGGCUUUUGCUUCGAUAUAUGCAUGAGCGCGCUGGUCUAUGAGUACAUGGAAAAGGGCUCCUUGGAUGGGUUUCUGUUCGGAAACAAAGAAAAGCUUGGGUUUGAGAAACUCCGCGAGAUUGCAGUGGGAACGGCGAAGGCCAUAGCAUACUUGCAUGAAGAAUGCCAGCAAAUGAUAAUUCACUAUGAUAUAAAGCCCGGCAACAUAUUGCUCGACCGCAACUUCUCACCAAAAGUUGCUGAUUUCGGGCUUGCAAAGCUCUGCAAUAGAGAUGCCACCCAUGUUACCAUGACAGGCGGGCGGGGGACUCCAGGCUAUGCAGCGCCGGAACUAUGGAUGCCGUUUCCCAUAACCCAAAAGUGCGACGUUUACAGUUACGGGAUGUUACUAUUCGAGAUUGUGGGGAGGAGAAGGAAUUUGCAGGCAAGUCUUUCAGAGAGCCAACAUUGGUUCCCCAGAUGGGUCUGGGAAAAGUUUGAGAAAGGUGAAUUGGAAGAGAUGAUGAUCAAAUGUGUGAUUGAGGAAGAAAACAGGGGAAAGACAGAGAGAAUGAUUAUGGUUGCUCUUUGGUGUGUUCAGUAUAGACCAGAGCUUAGGCCUUGUAUGAGCAGUGUUGUGAGGAUGCUAGAAGAAGGGGUUGAGAUCAUUUCACCACCAAAUCCAUUUGCACAUUUGGUUGCUGGUUUGCCUGCUGUGGAUAUGCAACAAUUCAGAUAUACAACUGAAGAAACAUACACAGAGUCAUAUACUGGUGCCACCACAGCUCCAAUGACCACCCCCACAAUGAGGAGGUUUGAAAUUUCCAUUGCUUCGACAUGAAAUCAUUAGGAUUUCGGCUAUGUAUUGGGAAUGCAACAUUUCUAGCUAAUUUGCAGUAAUCUAAUUGUGGCAGCACAUAAAUCUUCCAUGGAUCCAAGAUUAAUUGCAUCUCUGCUUGCAACGUAGUAUACAGCUCUCUUUCACUCAAAAUGUAUGAGUUGCUUCUCUGUGGAACUUGUACAUAAGGUUCCAAAUAAUUUUCUUAGGAUUACCUGUAGUUGAAAAAACAGAAAUCAUGGUC